AUGGCUCGUCACGGAAUUGUCGUCCUUUUGGCGGCUACUAUUCUUGGUUUUGGUGUUAAUGCUGGUCCCUGCAAGCCUUACUCCUCAGCUGCUUUGUCCUCAACAAUUACAGUUGAGUCAACUGCAACAGAAUCCGCGACAAUUACCGCCGACGUCACUGAUACUACCGACGCGCUCGAGACAACUGUCGCCGCUACUACUGAGGCAGCCGACACCACUGAGGUUCCCGAGACUACAGUCACUGAAUCCGCUACCGAAACUACUGGGGGCUUGGAGACCACUGUCAUUAAGGCCACUGCCGCUGGCACUACGGAUCUUGUCGAGACUACAACCACCGAGGUCGCAAUCGAUACUACCGGUACUCUGGAGCCAACCACAAUCGAGACCACAGCUGCCGAUACAACAAACGUCGACGAAACUACCACCAUCGAGGCCGUUGUUGAGACAAGUGCUGUCGCUGUCGAGCCAACAACAACUGGCGCCGCUGAGCCUGUCUGCGUCCCGACCCAGAUCCUUGACAACACCGGCUUCGACGAUAACAACGAUGGUUACCCAUGGAGACUUGAUACAGGGUCGACCAUCAGUCAGAUAAACCCCCACUCAACACCCAACUUUGUUUACGCCACCGUUAACCAAGCUCGCACUUUCACGUCUAUUAUUCAAGACCUCCCCGCCCUUGGCGAUUACACCUACCAUUUGCAAUACACGUUCAACCUACAAAGCGUUAUCGGUGGUGAUGGCUUUUCCUGCCAAGUUUAUCCUAGGGUUAACGGGCAGAGCCUGGCCUCCAGCCUAGCACUAACUGACAGUGGUCCCGAUGGGUUCCAGACAGGAUCCAGUUAUUUCGUCCCGCAGAAUCCAGAUUCACCUGUCAGUUUGAGCCUUGCAGCCCAGUGUCUAGGUAGUUUUAACACUAUCAUUAUUGGCAUCGACGACGUUACGUUGACUCGUACAUGUAUCGUUUCCGAAUGA